AUGGAGGAAACAGAUAGAGAAGCAGUUGCAACAGCUGUUCAGAGAGUAGCAGGAAUGCUUCAGCGUCCUGACCAGCUGGAUAAAGUGGAGCAGUAUCGCAAGAGGGAAGCUCGUAAGAAGGCUUCGGUAGAAGCUCGGCUCAAGGCAGCAAUCCAAUCACAGUUAGAUGGAGUACGAACAGGUUUAAGUCAACUGCAUAAUGCACUGAAUGAUGUAAAGGACAUUCAGCAGUCUUUGAUAGAUGUCAAUAAGGACUGGAGACAGAGCAUCAACACCAUAGAAAACCUCAAGGAUGUUAAGGAUGCUGUAGUGCAACAUAGCCAACUGGCAGCUGCUGUAGAAAAUCUCAAGAACAUCUUUUCAGUUCCAGAGAUAGUCAGGGAGACCCAGGAUCUGAUUGAGCGAGGGGAACUUCUGCAAGCUCAUCGAAAACUGAUGGAUUUAGAAUGUUCUCGUGAUAACCUGAUGUAUGAGCAGUAUCGCAUGGACAGCAAAAACACGCAUGACAUGAACCUCAUCCAUACAUACUUUGGGAAUAUGCAGAAACUUUCUGAGGAGCUGGCAAAGCAGCUUUGGAUGGUGGUUCAAAGAUCUCUUGUUACAGUCCGACGAGAUCCAACUCUGCUUGUUUCUGUGGUCAGGAUAAUUGAGAGAGAGGAGAAAACUGACAGGCGCAUGUUAGACCGGAAAAAACAAACUGGGUUCAUACCUCCUGGCAGACCAAAGAAAUGGAAAGAAAAAAUGUUCAACAUUUUGGAAAGAACUGUGAGCACACGAAUUGAAGGCACUCAAGCAGAUACUAGAGAAUCUGACAAAAUGUGGCUUGUGCGCCAUCUAGAAAUCAUACGUAAAUACGUCCUUGAUGACCUCCUCGUGGCUAAAACCCUGCUGGAUCAAUGUUUUCCUCCACCUUAUGACAUUUUCAACAGAUUGCUAAACAUGUACCAUCAAGCUUUGGCCACCCGCAUGCAAGAGCUUGCUGCAGAGGAUCUGGAAGCAAACGAGAUUGUUACUCUUCUAAGUUGGGUUUUAAAUACAUACAAAAGUGCAGAGAUGAUGGGAAAUUCAGAACUGUCUCCCGAAGUGGACAUAAAUUCUCUGGAUGCUCUGAUUUCACAAAAUGUGGUAGACCAGCUCCUCAGCAAGUAUAUGUCAACACUUACUUCUAACAUCAUUGGCUGGCUGCGGAAAGCACUGGAGACAGAUAAAAAAGACUGGAUAAAAGAAACUGAACCAGAAGCAGAUCAAGAUGGGUAUUAUCAGACUACACUGCCAGCUAUUGUUUUUCAGAUGUUUGAGCAGAAUCUUCAGGUGGCUGCUCAGAUAAAUGAAGAUUUGAAAACAAAGGUACUCCUUCUAUGUCUUCAACAGAUGAACUCAUUUCUAACCAGGUACAAAGAUGAAGCACAGUUGUAUAAAGAAGAACAUCUUAAAAAUCGUCAGUAUCCUCAGUGCUAUGUUCAAUACAUGAUUGCAGUCAUCAAUAACUGUCAAACCUUCAAAGAAUCUAUAAUCAGUCUGAAAAGAAAAUACUUGAAAAUUGAAAUGGAAGAUACGCUGUCAAGCAGUCAUACAAACAUGGAUGCAAUUUUAGACAUCAUUGCCAAAGAAGGAUGCUCUAGCCUGCUAGAUGAAGUCUUCAUGGAUUUAGAGCCACAUCUCAAUGAGUUGAUGACAAAGAAGUGGUUGAUGGGGUCUAAUGCAGUAGGGACUAUCUGUGUCACUGUGGAGGACUAUUUCAAUGACUUUGCAAGAAUAAAAAAGCCUUAUAAAAAGACAGUGACUAUUGAGGCCCAUCGCAGAGUGGUUGUGGAAUACAUCAGAGCGAUCAUGUUAAAGCGUAUAUCUUUCAAGAAUGCAGAAGAGAGAAAAGAGGGUGCAGAAAGAAUGAUCAAAGAAGCAGAGCAGUUCAGGUUUCUGUUUAAGAAGCUUGCAGCUGGCACUGGAGAGGACACUGAAGGACUCUGUGGCAUCAUUGAAGCCAUUGCAGAGGUUAUCAAACUAACUGAUCCUUCAUUGCUCUAUCUGGAAGUUUCAACUUUAGUCAGUAAAUACCCAGAUAUCAGGGAUGACCACAUUGCAGCUUUGCUGACAGUGAGAGGUGAUGCCAGCAGAGAUAUGAAGCAGACUAUCAUUGAGACUUUGGAUCAAGGUCCAAGCCAACCAAAUCCAAACUAUGUGCCAAUUUUUAAAGAAAUUACAGUUCCUACUCUAACUGUGCCAAAACUUCUGAAGUAACUGACAGUUCUGUGUGUCAUUACUGAUCUGGGAUCAACAGAAGUAUCUGCAGGCAAAUUUGGCAGUGCUGUUUCCAGUAAAGUUCAAUAUACACUGAUCCUUGCUAGGCAUGUUUCUUUCUAAAGACUUAGAUGUGGGAAAAUGUGAUCAGAUUUCUGAAAGAGGAUAGAUGUGAAGGUCAUGUUUGAGGAAUAAAACUUUUGCUGGCCAGGGG